UUCAUUCACUUCCUAUGUGUCAAGUUGUUUACCAUCCUCGCUAGUGUUUGGCGAUUCAAAUUUGUUUUUUGAAUUUGUUUAUAAUCCAAGAUUAUUGAAAUAUUAAAUAACAAUUCAUAUUGAGAAUUAUUUUCACAUAUUAACCUUUAAGUUCCAUCUACAUCGGUUCCCUAUGUUAUGGGAAACUUCUAUUGAAUGAUUUUUCAGCUGUAAGUUUGUUAUAAACAUUGAAGAUUAACAUUGGUUCUAAAUUGUGAAAGAAGUUGAUCCAAAUCCCCCAAUAUGAAGUAGUGUUUGAACCAAUAUGGCUGAAGUAGCUUCCGUUAAAAGAGAUGGACGAAAUAAAAACUGCAACAAUGAAGAUAAACUAUUUGACCCUUCUAUUGAAAUGCUUCUUAAUGAAUUCGAUGACGAGAGAACAUUAGAGGAAGAAGAAGCGUUAGCUGCUCAAGAACCUGCUGAUGCAUCUGUAGAAUUAUCCAUUCUUCAGCGAGAGAGUGAUAUGCCUAUUGAUGAACUGUUGGCUUUGUACGGUUAUAGAGGUGAACAGCAAGAAGAGACUAGUAUAUCGAAAAGUGAUUUAGAGUGUUCUAAAGAGUAUGAAACAGAAGUUGAUCAACAUCAGCCAUCAAAAUUAGAGGAAAUAUAUAAAACAAUUCCAGAUAUGAAUCAAGACGCAUCUCGUUUACUGCGCUCUGUGUCUAGAGUAGGCGAAGAAGAGGAUGAAGACUACGAUUAUAGUCCGGAUGAAGAAGAUUUGCACAAAACGAAUAAAACCAUAAUGGUAGGAAGUGAUUAUCAAGCACAAAUUCCCGAUGGUCUCUGUCAUUAUGGAGAUGCCUUGCCUUAUGAAAAUGACGACAAACUACUAUGGAAUCCAACCUUGAUUAAAAUUGAAGAUGUAGAAAGUUAUUUGAGAAAAGGAGUUUCAAUUUUGAAACCUUCAAUUCCUGUAGGAACUCAAUUGAGAGAUGAUGAACAGGCACUUUACCUUUUGCAGCAAUGUGGUCAUAAUGUUGAAGAAGCUCUGCGUCGGCUUAGAAUGAACGUUAUUUCAAAUACUGAAUCUAUGAGCCUUUGGUCUGAGGAAGAAUGUAGAAAUUUUGAAUCAGGUAUUCGAAGCUAUGGCAAAAACUUUCAUGUCAUUCAACAGAAUAAAGUGAGAACGAGGUCUGUUGGGGAAUUGGUACAGUUUUACUACCUAUGGAAGAAAUCAGAACGGCAUGAUAUUUUUGCUAGCAAAACAAGGUUGGAAAAGAAAAAGUACACUCUUCAUCCAGGCGUUACAGAUUUCAUGGACAGGUUUCUGGAGGAUCAAGAUGGAAGAGACAGAAGUUCUUCUCCUAAUGUACAGAAUGUGGUGGAAAAUAAGGUGUUGGAAAGACAUCGUUCUUCAUGAGAAUGUAUACAAAAUUUUUUAAUUUGAUUUGUAAAUAAUUGAAAAUCUAAAAUCUAUAAUAUGGCGGUAAUUAUUAUAUAAGUUUUUAUGAAA